AUGCCGUCGCACCGGCAUGCUGACCCUGCGGCGUGCCACCCAGGUCCGGCUGACGCGGCGAGGUCCGGGGCCCAGGCGUGCCCCUACCCGGCGUGCCCCUACCUGGCGUGCCCCUACCUGGCGUGCCCCUACCUGGCGUGCCCCUACCUGGCGUGCCCCUACCUGGCGUGCUACGACUGCUUGCUCGCGACGGUGUCCGCAGAGGCGUUGAAAAAGGCGGUGGUUGCCGACUCCGUCGCGGCGACGGUGUGGCCACCGGCGUUGCUGCGGCUGCUGCGGCUGCUUGACACGGGAGGCGUGGAGGCCAUGGACUCGGCCACCCCAUCGUCCAUGAACACACAGUUCUUCCGCGACUCGUACAAGUUCCUCAUGGAGCCACUGGCGCCCUCGUCGCCGCUGGCUACUCCGCUGCUGCGCUCGGCGGCCGCAGCUCCUGUGCCGCUGCCGGCCACACCGCCGCUGGUCGCAAAGUACGCGGCGGGCCGUGCUGCCGGCGCAGGCGCAGAGUUUGCCCGCCUGCCCAAGCCGCCCGCCCCGCCGUCACUCCUCCCCGCCGACACCACGCACGAGCCCGUCUACGACGCUGCGCAUGACGCCACACAUGACACAUUUGCUCUCUUUGACGGCGGCGAGGCGAGCCUUGGCCCGGCCGAUCGCCCACCACACCCGGGCGCAUCAGUCACGAGUGUCCACGCAUACGAUGCGGCCACCGUCUCCGCCGCCGACAAUCUCGAACGCCGUACCCGCGAUCUCGAGCUGCGCGAGCGCGAACUGGCGCUGCGCGAGCGUGAGCUGGCGCUGUCACGGGCCGAGGCUGCGCCGCAGCCACAGCCACCGCCGCAGCCUUCGCCCCAGACUGCGUCCUCCGCGUCCACCCCGCCCCAGCCCGAGCCUCUAACCCAUGCCGAGUCUCCGCCGCAUCCCAGCCCACAACACUCGCCCGCGCUUCGCCCAUUCUCGGCAUCCGUCGAUGAUUCCGUCUCGUUUAGUCCUCGCACCAGCGGCGCGGCUGACGUCGACGACAGCACAGCGUUUGUGCCGGCGUCGCAAGCGCUCUUUGACGAGGCUGAGGCCGCGUUUGCCAUGCACGCGGCGUCACGGAGCUCGACGGUGCCGGCCUUCGACUCGGACUUGUUUGACGACUCGCCCCAGCAGGCAGCCGAGUCGUCGAUCUCGCCGUCAUCGUACUUUCGCGGGCGCUCGGGCCCGAUGGGCACGCUUGACGCUUCGCUACACGCCUCGACGCCGCCACACCCACGUCCAGACUUUGCUGUCGCUCUCUCGCCGACCAUGUCGCCGGCGCCGCACUCGGGGAAUCCAUCGCCCGGCCUGGCCUCGGUCAUCUCGUUUGGCACGCUGCCAGCUGGCGCGUGCACAAUGCACUAUCUCGCCACAACCAACACAGUCAUCGACCCACAACGUGGUACGCUCUCGGUCACGCUCGCCGGCGCGGACAAGGACGCAUUUGCCUUUGUCUUUGUCGACACCGACAUCGUGCUCUUGUUUGUGGCGCCCGAGGCUGUCGACAUUCCGACCCUCUACUCGGCCACACUCAUUGUGGCAUGUUCCGGAAACGCACCGCUGCAUGUCUUCCUGCAGGCUUCGGUGGUGCCGGCACUUCCGAUCGCUCUCGACCGCAACGUGUACGAGAGCCUCCAGCUUGACAGGCCUUCGUCGGCCAACAAGGUUGCCAUCACCAACAGCUCCCAGAGCGUCACCCAGGUUGCGCUCUCAGUCUCAGAACCGAGUCUCUUUGUUGUCCAGCCGUCGUACGUUUCGAUUGCGCCCGGUGACACGGUAAGUGUGACGUUGGCCGCCACCGAGCGCGCGGACGGAGUCUGCGCCGCCGAGCUUCUGGUCGCCAACGUCGAGACAGGCGUCGUCCUCCGGCUGCAUGUCACCUCUGGCCGCGAGCGUGUGCUGGUUGACCUUGAUGCCGAGGAAAUGCAGAGCAAGAUCAGUAGCAGCGUCCCGCAAGCCAACUCCCGCAUGCUCUCUUCGUCAGAGCUCGCCAGCUCGGGUACCUGGUCGCAGCGAAAGCUGUCUCCAUCUCGCUCCCUUCGCGCAGAAACAAGCGCUGGUCCUGGGCCUGCGGCGCCUCCGCCGGCGCCACCGUCGCUUGCUUUUGAGCCUGCUGGCGGUAUCUCAUUUGGCGACGUCGAUCUGACGACCACGCCGCAGCCUUUUGAGCGGUUCCUGGUUGUGACCAACACGGGGUCGACAAACGUCUCGCUGGUUCCCGUCAUCUCAACGCCGUCCGGUGAGGCGCCAGCAUUCGAGGCGGUUGUCCUCGAAGGCCGCGAGCUCGCGCCGGGGAACUCGGCCCGAGUCCGCAUCGCGCUCCUCGCCGACACCGAUGUCAGUGAGCAGGGGCCGGUGCCGAUCCUGUACGACGCGCUGCUGCGGAUGAGUGGGCUGCCGCCACUCCCGCUCCGGGCCCGGAUUGGGUACUCUCGGCUCCAGAUUCCAAAGUCGGCGACCGUGCUCGAGUUUGAUUGCGCGCCGGCGGCGGCGCACACUCUCCAGCUCCCGCUCCGCAACUCGGGCAACCUACCGCUGGUGUUAGCGCUCUCACCGCAGAAUGCGCGUCACUUUACAGUUGCACCUGCAUCUGUUGUCCUCCCGCCGGCCUCGGUUGUGCCGGUCUCGGUCACCUUCCGAGCUCAGGAUCUCACGCCAUCGUCGGCGCUUGAGUCGGUCCUUCUGCUCAAGGCAGGCAAAGACGUGCACCACAUUGCGCUCUCUGCCAGCGUCAUUGGUGCCGCCCUCACCGCUCCUCGCGCCGCUAAUCGUCCCCCUUUUACUCCACUCACCGCCACGCUUGGACGUGAAGAGGCUCAGGCGUCACGCUCCGCCGCGAGCCCGCACGUCACAAAGCCCGCUGACACCCCUGUCGAGAGUACAGGUGGCGACAAGGCCGAGGCGGGCCCAAGGCUGGAGCUGGGGCUGGCGGUAGUUGGAAAGGCCAAGCAAGCGUCGCUGGUGGAAGACGUGGCUGUGGCGACUGCGGCUGUAAGCGCCGAGUCGCCGGUGGCGUCUUUCGGCGGCGUGGCGCGUGGCGACGUGGCUCAACUCGCAGUUGGCCUCACCAACCGCGGAGGAGGGCCGGUGCUUGUUCACGUGGCCAUCGUCCCGGAUGACUCGCCGUUCUCGUUUGUGGAGCCGAGCCUAAGUGCAGUCCGGCUGCCACCAGGCACAACCCGGCUUCAGAUGCUGUAUCGUCCAGAGCACGUGCGACCGCUGCGGCGGGACAAGGCCCAGCUGCUUGUGACUACUCUGGACGGCGAACGGGUGCUAUCGCUCCCGCUGCUCGGCUACGGCGGGCUAGCACGGCUCCGGGUCUCGGCAAAGGAACUCGACUUUGGGCUCGUUGCGCACGACGACCCGAGCGUGCGGACUCUGCACGUGACCAACAGCGGCGACCGAAGCGGGUUUGUGGCCCUCUCGGCGCCGGCGUCGACGCUUGGACUGGCGCGGCGCCUCCGGAUCCUGCCAGCGUCGCAGGGUGUGGUGGUCCAGCCUGGCGCGACGGCACGGUUCACACUUGUCAUCGACCCUGUUGCGAGUGGCUCUGGCGCCAACAGCGCCAGUAACGGUCCGUUCUCGCUUGUCAUCGGCGUCCAUGCUGGAGACGAGCUCGCGCGAAUGCUGCGCAACGCAGCUCGGACCCGGCGUCGCAGCCCGGGUGACCUAUUUGACGGCAAGUUUGACGGUGCAGCGCCGGCGUCAACGCUGCCGGAGUUGGGAUGGCCAGAGGAGGACUUUUUCGACGAGGCCUCGUUCGAUUCGCACCUUGAGGGCUCGUCGGUGGUGCUCAUGGGGCGCCAAGGAAGCCAAAAGCCGGCAGAACGGCCGCAAGGUCGCCAAGCUCGUGCGCGUGUACCUGGCAGCAGCAGUGCCGCGACGAUGCGAGAGUCUGGCCCUCGCCCUGCGCCUCUGCCGACGCCUGCGCCGGAAGCGGACCGCGUCGGCGUCCUGGCUGUGGCACCGACGCGGCUGGCGCUUGACAAGACCAACCUAUUUGCGCAGCCGCUGGGGGUGAGCAACACUGGCAGUGCGCCGCUGACGUUCCGGGCCGUUCCACAUCUGACUGAGCUCACGUCGCGAACGCCGUACGUGCUCUCUGUCGAUCCGCGGUCGGGGGUGGUGGCGCCGGGAGAGACCCGCGAGGUUGUGGUGCGUGCGGUGGCCGAUGUGGAGGAGGAGGUCAUCAACCAGGUACUUGUGGUUGCCGGCGCGGACGAAGUGCUGUGCAGCGUGCGCGUGGCGCCGCGGGCGCCGCGGGUGCGGGAGCAUCCGCCCAAGCCUACGAACUCGACUGCAGCGAGCAUGAGUCUUGGCUCGGGUCCGGCGACGCAGCUACAGACGAUGCAGGCGCCGGGCGGGCACGAUGCCAGCGGUGCGCGGCCUGUCGAAGUGGCUCCGCGAAUGGUGACGUUUGCGGCUGCGAGCGGGUCAAGCCCAUCCCAUGCGCAAGUUGUGUUGAGCAACCCCAACGCGGUGCGGGUGGCUUUUUCGGUGGAGAGCGAGGAUCGGCUUGGUCCGUUCUCGUUUGGGCUCAACCACGGGACAGUAGCGCCGCAGUCGGCGCUUAGCAUCCCGGUCGUGUUCGCUCCCGCAGACGAGGGCGAUCACGCGGUAGCAGCGACGCUGCGGGUGUACGGGCACGUGGGCGGUGGCGAGGGUCAGACGCUAACGGUGUACCUCUCCGGAACUGGGCUAGCGCCCGUCGACGGGCAGGUGUAUGUGGAGGAGAACGGCCUGGUCUUUCCGCCCACGCUGGUAGGCUCGCUGCGGAUGGCCAAGGCAACGAUCUGCAAUGGCGCCGCGAGUGAGCGAGUGGUGCAGGUGGCGGUGGCAGGUGGCGAAGGCGGAGUGUUCUCCAUCCGGCCAACGCACGCCAAGAUUCGCGUCGCACCGCGGUCGUACGUCCGGCUCCCGGUUGUGUACCGACCGGGCGAGCUCGGAGCACAGAGUGGGACGCUCAUCAUCCACAGCGGCGGACGCGAGGUGCGACUUGCGCUCCGCGGCGAUGCAGUCGAGUCGUACUUGGCGGUCUCGUCAUCGCAAGUGGCGCCGGGCGGAGCGAUUCGGUGCUUCAACAUGGGCGACACGCCGCUGGCGUGGGAGGCGACCGGGCAUGGCGGCGCCAACGUGAGCACCACCUCGGGCGUCGUUGACGGGGGUGGCGUCGUUGACAUUGACGUCGAGCUGACGCGCACCAGCCGGCGGCGGCGCGGCCCGCAUCCGCACGUUGUCAUUGCCUCGAUCGACGAGGGCGUGUCGCGGACGGUGGCUGUUGUCGGCAGGUCGACAGGCCGGUUGGGCUCUGUCGACGGGUCGCGAUCAGUCACCUUUGCGCCAGAUCCCUGGGCAUCACCGGCGCCCGACCGGAAAUCGUCUCGUGUCUCGCAGCGGCUUCGGUAAGUGUCCAGCCGCGGGCUGGAAGACUGGGUAAAAGCAAAAGCGCAAGA